AUGUUGAAACGGUAUAGUUACGCAAGGGUCAAGAAGAUGACAAACUCAUUUUCACAUGUUCUCGGGGAAGGAGGAUUUGGAAUUGUCUAUAAAGGGAAGUUACCCGAUGCAAACCAAGAUGUUGCAGUGAAGAUUUUGAAGGAGUCAAAGGGGAAUGGAGACGAGUUCAUCAAUGAAGUAGCUAGCAUGAGUAGAACAUCUCAUGUUAAUAUUGUUUCCCUGCUUGGAUUUUGUUACGAUAGGAACAAGAGAGCUAUAAUCUAUGAGUUCAUGCCGAAUGGAUCCCUCGACAAGUUUAUUGCUGAGAAUAUGUCAACGAAGAUGGAAUGGGAAAGGUUAUAUGAAAUUGCAUUAGGUGUCUCUCGUGGCCUAGAAUAUCUGCACAAUCGUUGUGUAACAAGGAUUGUGCAUUUCGACAUAAAGCCGCAAAACAUACUUAUGGACAAAUAUUUUUGCCCCAAGAUUUCAGAUUUCGGUCUUGCUAAGCUCUGUAAAAAUAAAGAGAGCAUCAUGUCAAUGCUAGACGCGAGAGGAACGGCAGGAUACAUUGCCCCUGAAGUGUUUUCUAAGAAUUUUGGAGGAGUUUCACAUAAGUCAGAUGUGUAUAGCUAUGGGAUGGUGGUUCUUGAGAUGAUUGGAGCAAGGAACAGAGAAAAUUUUGAAAAAUCUGGAUCUAGCAAUAGUUCAAUGUACUUUCCAGAUUGGAUCUAUAAGGAUUUUGAUAGGGGAGAAAUCAUGAGGAUUUUUGGGGAUCAACUAACCGAAGAAGAAGAGAAAAUUGCAAAGAAACUGGUAUUGGUUGGUCUAUGGUGUAUUCAGACCAAUCCAUCUGACCGUCCACCUAUGAUCAAAGUUAUUGAAAUGUUAGAGGGGAAUCUAGAGGCUCUCCACGUUCCACCUAAACCUCUCUGGUAUUUACCCGCAACAACGGUUCGAGAAACUGUUGAAGAUAGUAAUGAGACUUCAAGCUUCACUAACCCAAGUCAGUUUGAAAGAGGUACCUUUCCUAGUGAAGGUACUUUACACUCUUCCAAAGAAGUGGUGCAACGAACUACUGCAGAGAGUCAAUAUAGUUCACUGUCCUCCUAA